AUGCCGCAGAACGAAUCACUGACAGAACCCCUUAGUCAAGUUCGUUUCGAGCUCGCCUUCAAGGCUUGCAACCCUUCCAUCAAGGUCAUCGCUCCCUGGCGACUCCCCGAAUUCUGUGAGAAGUUUCAAGGUCGACAAGAUCUUCUCAAGUUCGCCGCCGAGAACAACAUCCCCGUUUCAUCAACCCCCAAGGCUCCUUGGAGCCAGGACGAGAACCUCGUUCAUUGCUCGUACGAGGCCGGUAUUCUCGAAGACCCCGAUCACACUCCUCCUAAAGACCUUUGGACUCAGACUGUCGAUCCUCUUGAGGCUCCCGACAAGCCUCUCGACUUCACCGUGUACUUCGAGAAGGGUCUCCCUGUGAAGGUUGCUACCCCUGACCAAGAGGCUACCGACUCAGUAGAGUUGUUCAAGCUGCUCAACAAGAUUGGUCACGACCACGGCGUUGGCCGAAUUGACAUUGUCGAGAACCGAUGGAUUGGACUCAAGAGCCGAGGUUGCUACGACACCCCUGGUCUCACCAUCGCCCGCCUUGCUCACGUCGAUCUCGAGGGUCUUGUCCUUGACUCCAAGGUCCGCAAGCUUCGAGAUCAAUUUGUGACUAUCGAGUGGUCCCAGUGCCUUUACAAUGGCAUGUAUUUCUCCCCUGAGCGUGAGUGGCUCGAUGAGGCAAUCGUUUCUGCUCAAAAGGGUGUCAACGGUCAGGUCCGCCUCCGUGCGUACAAGGGCAAUGUUUACGUCCUUGGCCGAUCCAGCGAGACCAGCAGCCUCUACUCCCAGGAGGAUGCUUCAAUGGACAGUCUUGACACCUUUUCUCCCAUGGACAGCACGGGUUUCAUUGCUAUUCAGUCAAUCCGAUUGGAGAAGUAUGGUGCUCAGAAGGCUAAAGACGGCCAACCCCUUAGCCAGUCUUAA